AUGGCCUAUUUUCCAGGUCCAAGAAGGUUGGCCGGGUAUAUGGAUCCUAUCAUGACACAGCAACAAGUUGCCAAGUUCCACUAUUGGCAUGGCGAAUUGAGGUCGUCGUUCAUAUUUUUGCGGGAGAGAGACGCCUGCUGGGAGUACUGCGACAAGCUGGAUGGAAACAAGGUCAGGUGCAGGUUCUGUCACAAGGUUCUCAACGGCGGCAUCAGCAGGCUCAAGUUCCACCUGUCCCAGAUCCCCAGCAAAGGGGUGAACCCUUGCACCAAGGUGAAGGAAGACGUCAUUGACAAGGUGAAGGCCAUCAUCUCGGCCAAGGAAGAGUACAAGGAGUUCCAGCUUCUCAAGAGGCAGCGCGUAGCCGAAAUGUCGGUGGCCCCAAAAAGGGCGCCGGAGGCUCCGUCCCUGUCUACUUCUCCGGGGCGAGUGAGCUCUCCUGCUGUUACUCUUGCUGCUGAGCAGAGUCGGCUUCUUGCCCCGGAAGUGUCUGCUCCUGCUCCGAAACUAUCUGGUGCGGCAAACAAGUCACGCGCCGCUGCUUCAGAAUUGGAUGCAGAACGGUGCAUAGCUGAGUUCUUUUUCGAGAAUAAGUUGGACUAUAGUAUAGCUGACUCAGUCUCAUACCAGCAAAUGCUUGAGGCACUUGGUGGUCCGGGAUGCCGAGGGCCGCCAGCAGAUGUUCUGAGAGACAAGUGGUUGCAGAGGCUCAAGUCCGAGAUUAUGCAGAAAACAAAGGAGAUUGAAAAGGAUUGGGUGACAACUGGUUGUACUAUAUUGGCUGAUUCGUGGACUGAUAACAAGCUGAAAGCCCUAAUCAACUUCUCCGUGGCGUCUCCUAUGGGAACAUUCUUCCUCAAAACAGUGGAUGCCUCUUCGCACUUCAAAACUCACAGAGGCUUGUAUGAUCUCUUUGACGAGGUGAUUCAGGAAGUUGGCCCAGAGAAUGUUGUUCAGAUAAUUGCUGACAGAAACAUAAACUACGGCAGUAUAGAUAAGCUGAUCAUGCAGAACUACAACACCAUCUUCUGGUCCCCCUGUGCAUCUUUUUGCAUUAACUCGAUGUUAGAUGACUUCUCCAAGAUUGAUUGGGUGAACCAGUGCAUCUGCCAAGCACAGACCAUAACACGAUUUAUCUACAACAAUAAGUGGGUUCUUGAUUUUAUGAGAAAGUACUUGGCAGGGCAAGAGCUUGUUUGUUCAGGGAUCACAAAGUCUGUAUCAGAUUUUCUCACACUGAAAUCCUUGUUGAAACACAGGUCAAAGCUGAAGCAAAUGUUUCAUAGCACUGAAUAUUCAUCUUCGUCAUAUGCAAGUAGGUCAAUUCCGUGUGUUGAGAUACUCAACGAUGAUGAGCUUUGGAGAGCAGUCGAAGAGAUAGUUGCUGUUUCUGAACCUUUACUGAGGGUCAUGAGGGAUGUUUCAGGAGGCAAACCGGCCAUUGGUUAUAUAUAUGAGUCUAUGACAAAAGUGACGGACUCUAUUAGGACAUACUACAUAAUGGAUGAAGGGAAAUGUAAGUCAUUUCUGGACAUAGUGGAGCAGAAAUGGCAGACAGAAUUGCAUUCACCUCUUCAUUCAGCAGCCGCUUUUCUGAGCCCAAGCAUCCAGUAUAACCCGGAAAUAAAAUUUUUCAGUACUAUCAAGGAGGAGUUCUACCUGGUUCUGGAUAAGGUUCUUACAACCCCUGACCUAAGGCAUGAUAUCACUGCACAAUUGCAUGCUUUCCGCAAGGCACAAGGGAUGUUUGGUUCUAACAUUGCUAAAGAGGCCCGCAACAAUACCUCACCAGGCAUGUGGUGGGAACAAUACGGCGAUUCAGCACCAUCACUGCAACGUGCUGCUGUCAGAAUAACCAGCCAGGUUUGCAGCACCCUGACUUUCCAAAGAGACUGGGGUCUAAUCCUUCAGAACCACUAUGAAAAGCGCAACAAGCUUGACAAGGAGGCUUUGGCCGACCAAGCCUAUGUGCACUACAAUCUCACGCUGCACUCUGAACCAAAGACAAAGAAGAAGUUGGAUGCGGAUCCAAUCGCGUUGGAUACAAUCGACAUGACAUCAGCAUGGGUGGAGGACUCUGACGGCCCCAUCCUCACCCAGUGGCUCGACAGGUUCCCGUCGGCCUUGGAUGGCGGAGACUUGAACACUAGGCAGUUCGGUGGAUCCAUCUUUGGCACCAACGACAAUCUGUUCGGCCUGUGA